UGCCCGGCCGUGGCGCUCCCGGCCAGCGGCAGCAGCAGCGGCGGCGGCGGUGGCGGAGGAAGUUUCCGCUUUGCACUUACCCCGGUAGCAGCUCCGCGACAGGGACAGCUUCCUCCGGACGCUUGGCGGGCUUCGCUCUCGCCUUACGACAGCCCGGUCGGAUCAUGGGGUUGCCCAAGGGGCCGGAGGGCCAGGGUCUCCCGGAGGUGGAAACAAGAGAAGAUGAAGAACAAAAUGUCAAGUUGACUGAAAUUCUGGAGCUCUUGGUUGCAGCUGGGUAUUUCAGGGCAAGAAUUAAAGGCUUGUCACCCUUUGACAAGGUAGUAGGAGGAAUGACUUGGUGUAUCACCACUUGCAACUUUGAUGUAGAUGUUGAUUUGCUCUUUCAAGAAAACUCUACGAUAGGUCAAAAAAUAGCUCUAUCAGAAAAAAUUGUCUCGGUCCUGCCAAGGAUGAAAUGCCCACACCAGUUGGAGCCCCACCAGAUCCAGGGGAUGGAUUUUAUUCACAUAUUUCCGGUUGUUCAGUGGCUGGUGAAACGAGCUAUAGAAACGAAAGAAGAGAUGGGUGACUAUAUCCGCUCCUACUCUGUAUCCCAGUUCCAGAAGACUUACAGUCUCCCUGAGGAUGAUGACUUCAUAAAGAGAAAAGAAAAGGCCAUCAAGACAGUUGUGGACCUCUCAGAAGUGUACAAGCCCCGUCGGAAAUACAAACGCCACCAGGGAGCAGAGGAGCUGCUUGAUGAAGAAUCUCGAAUCCAUGCUACGCUUUUGGAAUAUGGCAGGAGAUACGGAUUUAGCCGCCAGAGCAAAACGGAGAAGGCUGAGGACAAGAAAACGGCGCUUGCAGCAGGGCUGUCAGCUACAGAAAAAGCUGAUGCCCACGAGGAAGAUGAGCUUCGAGCAGCUGAAGAGCAGCGUAUUCAGUCGCUGAUGACCAAGAUGACCGCCAUGGCAAAUGAGGAGAGCCGUCUCACCGCAAGCUCCGUGGGCCAGAUCGUGGGACUCUGCUCUGCCGAGAUCAAGCAGAUUGUGUCCGAGUAUGCAGAGAAGCAGUCUGAGCUAUCAACUGAAGAAAGUCCAGAAAAAUUAGGAGCCUCCCAGCUACAUCGUCGGAAAGUCAUUUCCUUGAACAAGCAGAUUGUACAAAAGACCAAACAUCUUGAAGAGCUGCGAGCAAAUCACACCAGCCUACAAGCCAGAUAUAAUGAAGCCAAGAAAACGCUGACAGAGCUUAAGACUUACAGUGAGAAACUGGACAAAGAGCAAGCAGCCCUUGAGAAGAUAGAAUCCAAAGCUGAUCCAAGUAUCCUACAGAACCUGAGAGCACUUGUAGCCAUGAAUGAAAAUCUGAAAAGUCAAGAACAGGAAUUUAAAGCACAUUGUCGAGAGGAGAUGACACGGCUACAGCAAGAAAUUGAAAACCUGAAAGCUAAGAGAGCACCACAUGGAGAUGAAAAGACCCUCUCCAGUGGAGAGCCGCCUGGUACCUUGACCUCUGCAAUGACUCAUGACGACGACCUAGACAGACGGUACAAUAUGGAGAAAGAGAAACUUUACAAGAUACGUUUACUACAGGCUCGAAGAAAUCGAGAAAUAGCAAUUUUGCACCGCAAGAUUGAUGAAGUCCCUAGCCGUGCCGAGCUAAUACAGUAUCAGAAGAGAUUUAUUGAACUCUACCGCCAGAUUUCAGCAGUGCACAAAGAAACCAAGCAGUUCUUCACUUUAUAUAAUACACUGGACGAUAAAAAGGUUUAUUUGGAAAAAGAGAUUAGUCUGCUGAACUCAAUUCAUGAGAACUUCUCACAAGCCAUGGCCUCCCCUGCUGCCCGGGACCAGUUUUUACGUCAGAUGGAACAGAUUGUGGAAGGAAUUAAGCAAAGUAGAAUGAAGAUGGAAAAGAAAAAGCAAGAGAACAAAAUGAGAAGAGACCAGUUGAAUGACCAGUACUUGGAGCUGUUAGAAAAGCAGAGGCUAUACUUUAAGACUGUGAAAGAGUUCAAGGAGGAGGGCCGCAAGAAUGAGAUGCUGCUGUCCAAGGUGAAAGCGAAGGCCUCCUGAACAUCCCCAGCCAUGGUUGUAUGUCAUUGAUUUUACUUUUAAGCACCGUGUAUCAACUACAAGAUCAUGAAAUGGUUCUGAAAGCGACAGUAGAGAGAUGCAGGUGUAAUGGUUUCAACAACCUGGAUGUUUUCUUUCUCCUCUUUGCUUCCAUUCAUCUCUGUUGGCUGCUGUUGAUGGAAUCAGACCGUAAACAUGUGGCUUGGAUAACACCCGUCAUCCUGUGAAGAAUGUCGGCAGUACUUUUCUCUGUUGAUCAACUUUUAUGUCUCCAGUAACAUUGCACUUACAAAGGUACCUGUAUUUGUGUGGACUCUGAAUAAAGAAGAAUUCAUUUGUUUAGCAAGUAUUAAUUGAGCACCCACUGAGAAAUAAGCACUGAGGAAGAUUCAGAGACAUGUAAAACAGAGUUCCUACUGCACAGGCACCCAGCAGGUGGCCCAGGGAGGCAGAUACACAGCACACUUGACCACAGAACUGGACCAUCUGAGAUGUUUUUCAGCAAACAGAAGGCAUGUAGCUGAAAUGAUCAGCCCAUGUAGUGUUGGUCACUUGGGCCUUUCACCUGCCAUGGUACCUUUUGUUCCCAGCUCCUCCAGGUGCCAACCAGCAGGCUUGGUGACAGCAACUGGAAUGAAAAUUCAGUAUCAUUUUCAUUUUUAUACGUUACUCAGGUUUAUUUCUCAGAAAAUUGAAAACAGACCUUGUGCUGAGGACACUUCAAUAAAAAUUACACCUUCCCCUGCCCCAAUGUUCAUUUGAGUCACAGCAUGCAGAGGGGCUGUGCAUCCCCCUCAUUGAAGGCACAUUCGAUGAGGCUACACUGCAGAUGGGUCAUGAUCUGAGCCAGGAGAGAGAGAGAGACACUGUUCCCUGCACUCAAGGCAAGUAGGGUGUCAGGAGGAAGAGCAGUGGGGUUUGCAGAGAUCCAGGGAAACUUCCUGGAGGAGGCAGCAUUUGGGCCCAAUCUAAAGGGAGAAUUGGAUGUUGACAGGCAGGAAGAUUGUUUUAAAUGAAAAUACGCUAUGAUUAAAAACCCAAGAGGAUGCAGAGGAGUGCAAGGCAUGCGUAUUGGGAAAGGAGGGGAUAAACUGGUCUCUUCAGGAGGCUUCAGAGACCCAUCUAGGAAGUAGGGCUGAGACUAGACUUUGGAGGGCCUUGGAAGGGCAGCUGAUGGUUGACUUUAAUCCUUGGAAAUAACCAGUGCAGAUCAGACACGGAGCUCCUGCUGCCCUCGUCCUCAGGAGUCUGGUAACUCAGUCAUGUUCAGUAGGUUUCUGCUCCAUUCUGCAUAAAUCUUGCAAACAUACUAGGCGGCAGGUUUGGACAGUAAGCUUGACACAAAAGCUUAAACAUGUCAAGCAACUGGAGCAUUCAGCAGCCACAGAAAUGUGUUCAUUUUUAGUUCCCUAAUGGAUGUGAUUAAGCAGGGCCGACAUGUACAGAUUCAAAAACACACACACACGUGCUGGAUUAAAAACAGCCACUGGUUUCAGUGCCAGGGCCAGCAAGGCCUGCCUGAGCCAGGGGGAAGCAGCAGCUUGCAAAUAGAAACUGCCACGUGAGGGCGCUUCUUGGGCCAUGUGCAGCUCCGCCUCAGCUGGGCCCUGAGCCGCGGUCAUGUGGGGGUUUUGAAGGGCUGGGUGAAGUUGAAGCAGUAAUUGCAAAAGAACAGGUGGCACUUUGAGGGCAGGGGAAGGAGACAGAAUUUUGACUGUGUUUGAAAUUAUUUCAGUCAGGGAAACAUCUGCGUUAUCUUGUUAAGCAGCUUGUAGGCCCACCCCUGGCUAACUGAACUUUGUGAGCAGUUGGGGCAGUUAUUCGAAUAUUUGUCCACAGAUGGUAGGGAGGCAGAUGACAUUUUGGGGUUACUGGAGUCCACCUCUGUGCUCAUGGGGAAAGUACGGCAUGAUUAAUCCAAAGCAGCCAGUAAUUCUGUUUGAAAGUGCAGGCAUUUAUUUUGAGCUGUGUUUCACAGGAGUUUCAUUUGGUUUGGUUUUGGUAUAGAGAGGUGUCCAUAGAUCUCUAUUCCCUUUUUUUUUAUCCACAGGGCCUACUACGGAUGAAUCAGUUUCUGUUGCCUGAAUACACUUUGAAUUAGGCUACAGAAGCCAGUUUGAGCUCAGAUUUCACACUUGCUGCAGGCAACCCUCAGUGUGGACAUGUCUUCUGAGUAAUUAGGAUAUGACUUUAUAGUGUAGCCAUACAGGCUAAGGAGAUGCCCCAAGGCCCCUGAUCAUUUCAGAAACCACCUGGAGAGCCAGCAGGGGUCUUCCCAGGGCCAUGGCUCUCUGUAUGCCUAGACAUAGUGUGGCAUUAUGCUCUAAGCCCACAGGCUUCCCCAGAGUUAAAAGGCAGCAAGAACAUCCUUAAGUUACUUUUGUAAAAUGUGCGCUUCAGGAGGAACCAGGUUUCCCCAGGAGGGACAGGUGCCCUGCUCAGUCAGCACAGGGAGUUGCUAGCGGGCAGGCUGCACAGUGCUGUGGAGUCUCCGCCAGCCUCUGGGUUGGGGGCUCCUUCCACUACGUGCUUCUUAAGGAGUGCCUGGGACUGCUCUGCUUAAGCCGCAAUCAGAGCUGUUGUGAGCAGGACAAGAUUGGGUGAUCGCAAGGUGCGUGGGGAGAUGCUAUUUUGAUAUCUUUGACCUGUGCUCUGUCUCUACUGGAUGACUGGGGUUAGCUAACACCACUGGAGGGAGAUGCAGAGUGUUAAACAGUCGUCAGAGUCACGCUGAGGGGUUUUUUAACAGAGGACAAAUUCCCAGUUUGUCAAGCGUAUCUCUGUUAGAGUCUGAAGUUCAUCGUUUUAAUAGUUCUAGCUCGUAGCCCUUACAUAUUUUCAGGAUAGCUGGGUCCUGCCAGUGUCCGCUGAGUCUGUCAGCACAACCAGAAGGCCCGGGCAUGGGAAGCAUUCUCUGACAACACCGAGCCCUUGGGACCUCCUGAAACCUUGAGCAGAGGCUGGAGAAGCCUUCAGACCGUCCUUUCACUACCUCACCAAGUGUCAUGCCUGGGACCUCAGACAUCAGGGUUGUGAUGUCGAUGUCAGGCCCAAGUCACGUCUCUAGUGACCGAAGCAGACCUGCCUGAAAGGGUACUCUGAACAGUGAGCCCUGGCCAUAACCUGUGCCCUCAUAUUUCUGCUGCCUCAGAUGGUCUUGUUCGCCCACUCUGUAGUGACUGAUGAUCACCCUAAAGGGGAGGUAGGCAUCUAACAGUAGCACAGUUACUUUGAGCCUGACCCCUUGCUCUGAAGUGCAGAUGCUGAGUUGACACAUGCACUGAGGAAGAACACUUUAAGGAAGCACUUUAUGAUUUACUCAUGGCUGGUGUUGGCCUCAAGGUAAAAGAACAUCUUAAUGCAGAACAGUACAACAAAGUGCCCCAUAGGAUGGGUGCCAUCAUCUGUCCCCGUGGUUGGGAUUCCCAAGGAAAGUGCCUUGUUCCGUGCAUCUUCAGAAUCCCCCACGCCCUCUCUUGAUCCUUUUCAUGAAGUCCAGGGCAUUCCUUCUAUGACAGGCUGAAGAUGCAUUGUAAAAGGUAGUGCUAUAGUAGUAUUCCCACUUCUCACAAUAAAUGUGCAAAACUCCUGGAGGAUUUGGUGCCCAAUCUACAGCAUACUUGACAACACGGGGAAUACCGUGGAUGCUCCACACCAGCCUUACAUCCGUCCCCCAAAUGUGCCAAACUCAUGCCUGCCCAGGGCCACCGGGCCUGGCCCUGGGCAACAAAAGGAAGGGCCUAUCUUACCACAGUCUCCCCAGCAUCUAGCUCAGGGUAGAUGACUGACUGGGAAAUUCCGGUUGGAUAAAAUGGCUUUUCCACAUGGCAACUUUGCAUCUCUAUUAGCAAAAUUUAGAUUGAACCUCUCCUCUACUUGAUGCUUAGUUUGAGGACAGGUAAACAGUUUUCACAACUUUAGAGGGUCUUAGAGUGUGUUAUACAGUAACCUUGAAGUUUGAGAUGAAACAAGGUGUCAGAGCUUUUGAAUCUUUCAAAGGAAUUGCCUUUUACAGAUUUUUUUUUUUUUAAUUCCCCAAGAAGGGAAAAAGAGAGGGAAGAACUACAGUAAUGUUAGAGAUAAGGUAUGUUUCGGCUCAAAAUGUGUCAUGAAUCUAAAGGUAACUUGAUGGGUAGAAAGGUCUCAGCCAUGUGAACCAGGAAGUGGGAGCACAGUGCAAGGCUGUGGGUGGCAGCACUAGAUACAGUGGUGGCAGGAGUGUGACACGUAGGCACUCCAUGGGGGACAGCCAGACAGUGUCUGUCAGAAGUGCAAAUGCAUCAGCUUUUUGAACUAAGAAUUGUACCUGUGUACAAGGGUUUUUGUUGAAACACUGUAAUAGCAAAAAGUUGGAGAGUGCCACCAGUAUAGGGGAAUGCUUAAAUACAUUAUGACCAGCUUAAACAAUGGAAUAGUUUGCAGAAACUUAAAACAGUGGAUCCUGUGUGUGUGUACUACCAUAGAAUGGUCCCCAAGAUGCAUGAUUAAGUGGGGGAAAAAAGAAGCCCAUGGUAUCUUAAUGUUUGGAAUGGAGAAAAAUGUGUAGAUGUAUGUGUGUGCGUAUGUUUUCACACAGACAUAUACACAUGUAUAUCAUAUGUCUGCCUGCAUACGCCUAGGAUUUCUCUGGGAGGAUACCCAGCAAUCCAGCAGCCUGAUUGCCUCUGGGAAGAGGGGUGGGAAUGACUUUUCAAUGUACACCUUUUGUACCUUUUGAAUUUUGUACCAUGUACAUGUAUUAUCUAUUAAAAAAAUAGUUUUUAAUUUUUAA